AUGGCCUUUCAGGAAGCGCACUCGCCUGUCUAUGCGGCCAUUCCCACAAGCAUGACCAAGAACAACGUUGGCAAGUACGCGGUCGCAGGCUUCCUGACCCUGACGACGGCUACGAUCGGCUUUAUCCACGUGUACCUGCCGUACUACACGGAGCUCGGCCAGCAAGUGCACGACCGCGCCGCCAUGAACCGCGAGCGCGGCGGGUCGGGCGAGACGUCGCAAGUCUCGGGCUCGAUGUGGAAGAACAUGCGCCAGCAAGUGCAGAGCCAGAAAGAGUCCAAGUAAAGCACAAUAGACAACCAUCAACGUGAUCGACCGCUCGUCGCCACGUUGAGUCAUCUCAAUAAGGAAUCACUCGCGACAAAGUCGUAGACUGGUUCCGACACGACACGCCAUCAACGUUUGGUGGUAUGUCAAGCAACACUGUUUGUGUCAACUGGA